AAAACAAUCUGAUCUCUGUUUACAAAUAAUCGUGAAUGUUCAGCAAAAUUAAAUAGUAGUAUAGUAAUUUUAUGAUAAAACAGUUUAAAAUUCCGAUUGCACAUUGAACCACAUUUCUAAAUUGUUUGAACGUAAAGUCGUAGUUAAGUUGAUUAUGGUGAACAGUGACGGGCUGGGACAGAUGACAGAACAGAACAAGGAUCCCCACCACAGGAGGGACACGCCCUUCAUCAGGCUUCCCGCGACAUUCGAGGAAGAAGUGGAAGAGUACUCGGAUUACACGUCUGACGAUGAAGAGUGUAAGUAUGUUAUUUGGUGUUUACAAAGCGGUACAUACAGAACAAGGAUCCCCACCACAGGAGGGACACGCCCUUCAUCAGGCUUCCCGCGACAUUCGAGGAAGAAGUGGAAGAGUACUCGGAUUACACGUCUGACGAUGAAGAGUGUAAGUAUGUUAUUUGGUGUUUACAAAGCGGUACAUACAGAACAAGGAUCCCCACCACAGGAGGGACACGCCCUUCAUCAGGCUUCCCGCGACAUUCGAGGAAGAAGUGGAAGAGUACUCGGAUUACACGUCUGACGAUGAAGAGUGUAAGUAUGUUAUUUGGUGUUUACAAAGCGGUACAUACAGAACAAGGAUCCCCACCACAGGAGGGACACGCCCUUCAUCAGGCUUCCCGCGACAUUCGAGGAAGAAGUGGAAGAGUACUCGGAUUACACGUCUGACGAUG